AUGAAGUUUGCAGAUGAACUUGCUUCGCAAAUGGUGCAAGAAUGGCAGGCUGCAUACAUGGACUACAACACCCUCAAACAUUCUCUCCAAAAUCUGCUGAAGCCAACAAGUGUAUCAACAAACAAUGACGAUGACCAAAAUUAUUACCACGGAUUGGAGCUCGAAUUUUUCACCAAACUCGAGGACGAGUUCAACAAGGUGGUGAAUUUCUACAAGGAUAAGCUGCAACAGCUGAAGGUGGAGGCAAAUGAUCUCACCUUGAAGAACCAAGUUGGACUGCAUUUGGACAUAAGUCAAGAAGUGGAAUUGAGACAGGACUACAUCAAAAUUUACAAACAGGUUCGACAUUUGAGAAGCUUCUGUUCGUCAAAUAUUCUUGCCUUCUCGAAAAUAAUGAACAAGUACGACAAGAUCGCUUCAAGGAGUGCUUCAAAUGUUUACUUACAGAUGCUUGAUAAUUCAUUUCGUGCCAACUCUAAUGAGGUGUAUGAGCUCAUGGAAAGACUAGAGGCCGCAUUCAUCGAGCAGUUUGCACAAGGAAAUCGUGGAAAAGGGAAGAAAUCGUUGAGGCUAGGAGAAAAAAGGGAGAAGCACAGAACAACAUUCCUCCUUGGUCUGUUCACAGGCUGCUCGGUAGCACUAGUGAUAGCCGUUAUUGUCUCAAUGCAUGCUCGGGAUCUUCUCAAUCACACUGGACGAGAUGAGUACAUGGAGAGCAUAUUUCCACUCUACAGCUUGUUUGGAUUCAUCGUCCUACACUUGCUCAUGUACGGGUCGAAUGCCUAUCUUUGGAGGCGAUUUCGUGUGAACUACCCUUCUAUUUUUGGAUUCACAGAAGAAACAGAUCUUAGCUUUAGAAAAGUGCUCCUUCUUGCUUCUGCACUAUCCGUGCUCUCGUUGGCGGCUGUGCUUUCAAACCUUGACAUGGAGAUGGAUCUCAGAACAAUGAAGUAUAGUACAGUUACAGAACUAGUUCCAUUAACAUUACUCCUUCUGGUACUUCUUGUCACCUUCUGCCCUUUCAAUAUUCUUUAUCAUUCGAGCCGAUUCUUCUUCCUCCGCCACGCGUGGCACUGUGCUUCUGCUCCACUUCAUAAGGGAACUUUUACUGAUUUCUUCUUGGCAGAUCAGCUAACAAGCCAGGUUCAAGCAAUCAGAAGCUUGCUUUUCUAUCUCUUCUACUACACGAUGGGAGAUUUCACCACGAGAUCAAAUGCGUUUCUUAACCAGAAAUUAUACAAGGCUUUGUACAUUGUUGUUGCAAUCAUCCCAUCAUGGUGGCGUCUUCUUCAGUGCCUUCGUCGUUUGUAUGAGGAGAAAGAGAAAAAGCAAGGUCUCAACGCGCUCAAGUACUUGUCAACCAUCUUGGCUCUAGUAAUGAGGACAAUGUAUGAUUAUAAGAAGGGUAGCUUUUGGAAAAUCAUGGCUGCAUCAGCAUCGGGAGUCACAACUAUCUACAGCACAUAUUGGGACAUUGUUUACGACUGGGGCCUUCUUCAGAGGAACUCAACAAAUCCAUGGCUGAGAGAAGAGCUUCUCAUCUCAAACAAGGCUGUCUAUUUUGGAGCUAUAGUGAUAAACAUGCUUCUGAGACUUGUUUGGAUGCAGUCAGUUCUUGAUUUCAAUGAAACUGAAUUUCUUCAUAAGCGAGCUGUGGUGGCGCUCGUUGCCUGCUUGGAGAUCAUUCGUCGUGGCAUUUGGAACUUCUGCAGGUUGGAAAAAGAGCACUUCCACCAAGUUGGGCACGAAACACUACUAUUGCCAUCUUGAGACCAAGGUUAAAAUAUGAUCACAUGAUCAACAAAACUAAAUCAAGUCAAUUAUCCAAAUUUUCUUUAUAAAAUUUGCGUGAUAGGGAGACUUUUGGAUCAUCAGAAAAUGGAAGAAAAACUUUGAAAUUGUUGAGACUUUUGGUUGAGUCAAUUUGACUGAAAGUCAAUGUAUUGCAUCAAUUUAUGAUUGUAUCAGCAGCUUUAUUAC